UCAUGAUUGCUUCACCUGCUGGCAUGGUCAGGCCUGCGAUGCAUCUGGCUGCCACUUGCGCUUCUUCGAGGCAGCUCUUGCGAGCAUCAUGCGUGGCUCGCAGUGUGGCCGCGCCCGCAGCUUCAUCUUCCUCCUCUUCGGUCCGCGCUUUGAGAACCUCGGCGUCUCGAUACCAAGAAACAUCGAGCGAGGCCUCCCCGUCAUCCUCGUCAUCCCCCAUCGCAGGCCCCUCUCGCGAGCCCGCCCAUCAAUCCCAAGGGGAACCGUCGCUCCCUCUCCCUCCCACUGAAUAUCUCCCUCCAACGCACGGUCACCACGUAGCGACCCUGACCUUCACAGCAUACACCUCCGACCUAGUCUGCAAACAGAACCUCUCCUUCUUCGUAGACUUUGCCGCCCGCGCCGCCCACGCACUAGGCAUCCCCGCCUCUCGCCCCUCUGCAGCGCCCACUCGCACGUCGCUGUGGACGGUCAUCAAGGGACCCUUUGCGCACAAGAAGAGCCAGGAGAACUUUAUCAGAAAGACGGGGAAGAUGUCACUGAAGCUCUACGACGCGAAUCGAGAUGUGGUGGAGCGAUUGUGCUACUUUUUGAGGGUGCAUGAGAUGGGUGGCGUUGGGAUGAGGGUGGAUCAGUGGGAAAUGAAGGAGUUGGGCGUGGGUAGGAGGGUGUACGAAGAGGCCAAGAGGGCGUAUGAGGAGGCGGAGACGGCGAGGCCGAAGAGGGUCGAGGGUGCGGCCAAGGAGGGUAGUGAAGCACAGUCACCAGCAGAGCAGGUGGACGCACCGCCCAAGUCGUCUUGAUUUGGUGGGCUCAAUCGGAUGCGAUUCUAUCAGAAGAGGAGGACGACUGAGGAGAUGGACCCUGGUAGAGGCGUCACGCCGCUAGCUUGCGUCCUGCUGCGAGUCUGUUGCCUGCUGCUGGAAGACCUCGAGAACUCGUUCAAAGAACUGCGCGAUGGGAGGGAGAGAGGCUGAACGUCAGCAUCUGAGCUAGUACGUUCCCUAUCUCCCCGCACUCACGUCAUCCUUGACAAAGUGCUCGUACGGGUCUUCGCGCUUCUGCUCCUUGCCCUUGUGGCAAUGAACAGCGUGCUUGCGAAAGUAGAUCUCGGGGAUCUGCGUGUGCGCGACCGAAAGAUGUCAGCCG